CGAUGACCUUCGGAUCAACAAUUAUUAUUUAAUACUGGCGAACCGUUCGUGAAUCAAUCGGCUGAGUUGGUAAUCCUGAGUAAGGUCGGUAUAAGCUCUGCUUCGUGAGACCUGCUUCUAAGAAGUGUUUAUCUACCCAUCGAGUCCCCCGAAUGAGAGCUUCAGUUGUCCUGCGCUUGACCCCUCAAAUGCUGCCUGAGGCAGAGAUACCCCGCCGGAGGAAUGCUUAUGAUAUACCAACAACUGGCAAAAAAAAUCAUCGAGGGUCCCAAUUGACAAUGAUAACAAGAAUUACAACUAGAAUGUGAGGACCUGUGAAAUCGACGCCGAAAAUGACAGCUACUGAGGCCAUAAACGGCCGCAUUUCCACCCGUAAAUCUCAAAGCGGUGAGCCACCGUUCGCACGUCCCCACGUGUUUCGCACCACUAUUCUGCACCCGCCAAGCCUUAAUUAGUGACCUCGCUGAAGUUGAACUCGCGGCUCGACAUCAGUGAGUGUCAGUCCGUUUCAACUCACGACCAAAGCGACGCCGAAAAUGGCCUCCUUCGCGGCCAAAUCCAGCUCCCCAGCUCCGACCGGUCUGGUCAAGCGCUUUAUAAAAUGUCGCCUUUCCCCUGCUUCUUCGUCGUUCCUCCGUUCACCCUUCCAUCCUCCCACCCUCCCCCGCUUUGACAAUCUCGGCCCCAACCCGAAGCCCAUCACUUCUAGAAUCCAGUCCUCUCUUCAAUAUUCCUAUCUUGACUGCCUUCAUGGCGCCUCCUCCCAUCCCCCCUGCUCAACCCGGUGAACACCAGUUCUGGACCGAUCCAAUUCUCUGCGAGGAGACUCGAGCUAGACUAGAACAUUUCCGCAGCCUUGGAUGGCUCCCCCCAAACUUCAAGCCCAAGACCCUGGAGGGUCUUGCUGUCGUCGAACGAUAUUGGCGGAAGUAUUGCAUCCAAUUAAACGAGGAUUACGUCGAGUACCUGCUCCUGGAGGAUCAAGCUAUCUACAUGAACUUUUUCGAUUGGAUGUACAAGACCUCGCGGAAGAAACUCCUUCAAUCGUAUGAUGAAUACUGGCGACGCCUUUGUCAAUACUUUGGUCUGUUUGCCCGGCGCCGUGUGAAUGGCAACGUUCACGAACAGAUGCGACGGUUCCUUGAACAUGUACUCCCUGCCGAACGCAAAAUAUCUAGGCGAACAAAGACAAAGAAUACACUGGACGUGGAUGUCUUCUGUGUCAUCUACCGGCAUCAUUGGGUAUAUUCGAAGUAUUUCCGCCACGGGAGUAUGAUCGUUCAAUUUGCCACGGUCCAGCUCUGGUCUGCCAUUACUGGAACUCGACCAGGCGUGCUCCUCCCGCAGAAAGCGUCUCUAUCAGACACGUCGCUGGACAAACGCAAAAGAGACCAGACUUUCCAGAGCGACCUCCCUAAAUAUGUAUCAGUAGAUGAUCUUCCAUCAUCAGUCUGCUAUCGCGAUAUCGAGCUCUUUAUUCUCAAGGACCCGGAUAGCAAGCGCGAUGUUCUUUGUGCGAUCAUCGAGUUCCGCAAUCUCAAAGGUCGACCGGAAGGCGCUGAUGGAACCAAAUUCUUCAUGCACGGUGAUUAUCAACUUGCAUACUGCCCAAUUAACCAGAUCAUCUCGUUAGCUUUCCGCGAUGAGGCUUUUUUUAAUACCGCAUUAACCCCAGAGCUCAUAUGGCGCCUCCGAGUUCCAAAACGCAGCCAAUCUCUUCCGCUCCGAUGGAAGCCGGAGAAGUUGGAUACUCCUCUCCUUCGCCGUCUUGACCGCACCCCAUAUGGCUACGAACUUCAUAAGUCUUUGCCAAUGACUUAUGAUUCAAGUCGACAAGCGCUCCAAGAGCUAGGCCGGGAUGCAAGAUUCGAGGAUGAAAUAGGCCAUUAUAACUACCGCCGGUGGACUGCAAAUGAAGUUAACCGGAACUUUACCAGCCAGGAGCGGCAGAGGGUGCUCGGCCAAUCCGGUGACGCGGUUUUUGAAAAGCACUACCAAUCACAGUUUAUCAAUCGUGACCUUCAGCAUGUGGUCCUUCUUCGACCACCCCAGGAAGGUCUCCUGCGGGUUGCUGGAAGCAUGCUCAGGAAGAGGGACCUUCUCGCUCCGUCCGAUCUUAAUGAUGCGCAGAAACGCACCAUUCGUCAGCACCCUAAAGUCCUCGAGCUUAGACGAGAAAAGAGAGAGCUUAUGGAGGAGAUGCGGUCCCUGGCCGGCACUAUAGGCAAAGCCCGGGAGCCAUUUCCUCACCUUUAUCAAAGGCAUGAAGAAGUGAAGAAAAAGCUCUCCCGGCUGAGGAAAACCCUGGCAAGCAGCACGCGAGAGACAGCUCGAAAGGAAUAUUUCCACACUGCACCUGUGCUUGAAGUCGACAGGCAGAUUGAGCAACUGCUCCGCCAGUCUGACGUUGGCCAAUCUGAUUCCGACAGCUCCGAGGAUGAGGAUUGGGAGCUCCCAACCCCGGAUUACGUAUUUCCUGAGCGGGUGCGACUCGUGGAGAAUUUCUACGGGCCAGGAGCAGAGAACUUUGACGAGGAUAAGCUACUUGCCCGACGGAUUCAGGUUACCAAGGACAUGGUUGCGCUCUCGCUGCUCUGCGAGCCAAACCGGCGAGGCAACCGAAUCAACUGGGAUGCCGAGGAUGAUGAAAUUGAGAAGCCGGAAGAACCCUUGCCUGCCGAAGAGGAAUCAUUGAAAUGUCCUACGGAUGUUUGCAUUAUCUGUUGCGGUCAAUCUCAACUUUCAUCGUCCAAUCCGCCUCCACACAAAUUUCCCGCCAAGCGGAAAGAUUCAGUCCGUCGUCAUCUCAUUGACUCUCAUCUCGCCCAUGCGCAUGACGGAAUCAGCUGCACGUGGCCAGCGUGCCAUGGCAUCCCUGAGUUCACUAAAGUCACUGAAUUUUUAGCGCAUGCUGUGACUGUGCAUGCGUAUGACAUCGACAUUAAGCUACACCAUCUCCCAACAAAACCGUCCCUUACUUGCAGCGAUACUUCAUCCGUGGAUAGCACAGUGGAAUCAGUAGGAUCUGGUGGUUGUUCGGGCACUGAUACUCCUGCUUCUUCCGUGGGUCCUGAGAUGGCGAACAUCGACCCGCGCUUGUUGGAGCCCCACAAACCCCAAGUUACAGACCCUCUACUGCGUCGCUCAAAGAGAUUGCGGCUUCGAUGAGAGUGUGGAAGGAUGCUAGUUUUGUUUUGAAGGGUACAUUUGUUAGUACGGUAUUUGCCCGGAUAGCUAGUCUUAUGUACUUUCCAGGGGCACCCGAUGCCUUGACCUAACUCGUAAAUAUUGUAUAUAAGCUAGAUACAGUAUCGCAAGAUACUUAAGCCACUAAAGGAUGAUGGCCUUGUGCCAUCAACAUCCACAACAACGCUCAGCUAACACAUUCCCAUUGCCAAUGCCUCAACACGAAUGGCUGAAAAUGAUGAUUACAUUUUCGCGUCGGCCUGAACUUCAACGCAGCAGCCUUGUAGCCAGUAAAUUCCUG